AUGCUCACCUCUCUCACUCGCGCGCAGUUUGAAGACGCAUGUCGCCGUUAUGUCGCUGCUCACUCUGACCAAGGUCGUACUGGCAUAACAAUCUAUCCCACUGGAUGGUCAUGGCAUGAACAUUCUUACGUCUCUGGACUCGGUUACUUAUCCAGGACUGUCCUUCUCCCUCGCAUAUCACCCAGUGAAGAGGGUGAGCUUGGCGAGCUUGUUGGGACCACCCUCGAGGUGGAGGACGAGUCCGCCGCCGUGGUACCCGGAGAGCUUCAAACUUGCAAGCAAUAUGUGGUGUAUUCGCCCACCUUCGAAGUUCCAGCUUUCUACUUCACUUUGAACAAGAGUAGUGGAUCACCCUUGGUCCUAGACCAGAUAGUGCAGUCUACACUGUUCCGACGCAAUGCGCUUCCUUCGUCGGAUGGGAACACCUUCGGGCUGACCCUCCCAGGCUCCAAUCUCUCGCUCCUAUCCCAAGGCGACCACCCUACGCUCGGAACGCCCUCAUGGUACUUCCAUCCGUGCCAUACCUCCGAGGUUGUCGGGGAGAUACUAGCGGCGUCUGAAGGGACACAGCCCGGAGACGAGCUGCUGCGAUGGAUGGAAGUGUGGUUCAUGGUGAUGAGUAAUGUAGUGGAUUUCUUUGCGGGUAGCAAUACAUGAAGUGCUGUUGGGCG